GCGUGUGAGAACGUGCGACCCUGAAAAGCUUCUUCUUCUGUCUGUCUGUCUCUCUCUCUCCGUCACUGUUCCCUAAAGUGAACAUUCUCUCUCUCCUCUCUCUCUCUCCCCUUCCCUCGCGUCCACUCAGUCUUCCAGUUAUGGAAAAGAGAGAAAGGUCCGGUCUCUUUCAUCUCAAGCCAUAAGGGAACCAUGGAGAGGUCUAUCUAGGUUUUUUUCUCGCUCUCUUUCAAGCUUGCUGUUGCUAUAAUGGCAGUUCUCACUGAUGCGUCAAUAGUUAGCUUCCGUUCGUCCUAGAGAGCUCGGUUAGUUCAGAAGGCUUCAGAUCGUCUUAUACGCUGCAGAAAAGAUUUUGUGAUUUUGGAACUUGAGUUCUUUUGUGUACUAUUUCCCAAAUCUCGGUUCGACGGAGUUUCAGUUCAUCUAGCUUACCAGAAGUAUUAUUUGGAUAAUAUUAAGUUUGAGGAUUUCAGUCUAACUGCCGACUGCCGUAUUUUCUUUUUAUUGCUCCGAAGGUUCGAAACGGUUUGAUUAUGUAAUGAUCUGCGAGCAUUAAUAAUCUACUAAGAUAACCGACAUCUUAAUUCCUUCGAGAAAAAGAAUCAAGAGAUGAAUUACAGUCAGUUGAUGGCUCCAAGUUCGUGUCGUCGCUUGUGUUAGUUCUUCGGAUUUUUAGAUUAGGACCUUUUGCUUCUUCGGAAUCUCGUAGAAAUGAACUAAUUCUGCACUCUACUCUAUCUCGCUUUAUGGUUUCAUGGAAAAUUUGUACAGUAUCAAUCCAACGAUUUCGUGCUCAGAUGAGAUUGCGGGAGUCGGAAACGUAGCUCUGCCGUCGAGGUUUCACCGUCGGCUCGAUAAUCUACUUCAAUUCGAACCGGGCGAGGCGGAGAUCUGUGGAUCGGAGAUGUCCGAUCUGAUUAAAGCUCAGAUAGCUAAUCAUCCUCGUUAUCCUAACUUAGUUUCUGCUUACAUAGAAUGUCGAAAAGUCGGAGCUUCACCAAAAUUGGCUUCGCUUCUCGAAGAAAUCGGUCGCGAAAGUUAUCCGAGUGGUGCCUGUAGUACUGAGAUCGGAAUGGAUCCCGAACUCGACGAGUUCAUGGAAUCUUAUUGCGAGGUUCUUCAUAAAUAUAAAGAAGAGCUGUCGAAGCCUUUUCAUGAAGCGACAACGUUCUUGAGCAAUAUCGAGACGCAACUCAGUAAUCUCUGUAAUAUAACGUCGACAGCGACGACGACGACCUCCGGGAAUUCUCACUCAGAUUUAUGUGAACCAAUCCAACCCUAUUACACAUGCAGCUUUAGUGUGAAAUUGCAUGCUUUACUAGUUUGGUGUGGGAAUAUUGAUGAUGGAGCUGCGACCUCUGAAGAGGAGCUAAGUUGUGGGGCGGUGGAAGCAACUGAAAGCCAAGAACCCUGUGAGCCUCUUACUGGUGACAAGGAGCUAAAAGAAAUGCUCCUUCGCAAGUAUAGUGGCUAUCUUAGCAGUCUGAGGAAGGAAUUCUUGAAGAAGAGGAAGAAGGGGAAAUUACCCAAGGAUGCAAGGAUGACAUUACUGGACUGGUGGAACGCACACUAUAGAUGGCCAUAUCCCACAGAAGAGGAGAAGAUGAAACUGGCCGAGAUAACGGGACUAGACCAGAAGCAGAUCAAUAAUUGGUUCAUCAACCAGAGGAAGCGUCAUUGGAAACCAUCGGAAGACGUGCGGUUUGCUCUCAUGGAGGGAGUGGGUGGUGGCAGCAACAUUCCUCCUAUGUAUUUUGAUAGUGGUGGAAGAGGAACGGCAAGUGAUGAUCUUUGAUUCCUUCACCAACUCUCCCCUCUCCAGAUCUGCUGCAUUCUUAUUAUUGUUGUCUUGUGUACGUAAAGCUUGCAAAUGCAUCUAAUAUAUAUUAGAUAAGGUUUUACUAUUAUGCAUGGGAGAACGAGAACGAGAUGCUUCUUUCAUGUUUUUAGAGUAAAAUAACGUUGUACAUUCAAACGCCCCUUAUAUUCAUUUCAAUACUAAUAAGGUGCAUGCAAAGGCCCUUUGUGUGGAAAA